GAAGGCUCGCAUGCCAUGGACUAUUAGUUCACAGUUAGGCUGCCUUGGAAGAGGCAGCUCACCCAACCCUGCCUGUUGCUGCCUUUGUUGUUCUCCAUGGAUAUUCAAUGAUGUGACCAGGAAAGAUCACUGACAAAUAGGAAGAGAAAGGCCAUCCUACGCCAAAAAAGAAAAAUCAUUUCUUCUUCUGAUUCCUGCCAUGUUUCCCAUCACUUUGUGUCUUGUAUCUCAGUGAAAAAAAAAAAUGUACCGACUCCACACCCAAAGAGCUGCUGCUGGACGUGUGUGGACUUCCAGUCUCCAUAAGAUCAGGCGCUCUCUUAAAAGUGCUUACCAGAAAUGUAAGAGCCAGCACUCAUAUUCAAUUAGCCACCCAACAACAACUCCUUAUGACUGUAACCAAGAUGCUCUCGGUUUGAAUGAAGAAAUGAAUCUAACAGCAAUGCUCCAAGACAUUAAAAGGGGACAAAUGGAACUCCUCAGCCAAAUGACCAACAUUGUCAGUGCAAUAGCAAGUAUCCAGGAAAAGAUUGACCAUUAUCAGAAACAAAUGGAAGCCCUAGAAACCAGAAUAAGCAUCAGUGAAGACAGACAAAUUGCAGCCACCAAAGACAUCGUCUCCAUGAAAGAAGACAUCGACUCUCUGAAGAAGAAGGUGAAGGAGCUGGAAAGCCAGAAUUCUUACUCCAGCAUCCGUUGCCUAGAGGUUCUGGAGGGACAAAAGGGUAAAGAAAUUGUACAACUGUUCCAUAAACUCCUACAACCAGAAACCUCAAAAGACCUAGAGAGUGAAAUCUCUUUCGCAGAAUCAGGGAGGGUGUCCAGUUAUCCAGAGCCUACUGGGCAGAUUAGGGAAAAAACAAAGUCUCCUCAAACCAAAACCCUGAAGAAAAAUAACAGCCUCCAGAAUGCAGCCGUGAGUUGUAAAAAGGCAAUGCCCUCUUAAGAAGUGGACUGCUAAUCACACCUUCUGUGAGAAAGAGCAGCAGCCUGGCCUCUGGAACUUCUGGACGAUUCAACUUUAAACCUUUGAAAUUCUCA